AACUGCCACAGAUUUUCAUAUUUUUAAUAUAAAUGUAAGCAAAAAUUUCGGAACUCAAAAUUACGCGAAAAACAAUACAGAAAAAAAGGUUUUAGAAAAUUGCAAUAUCAAAAUUAACUGUCAAAAUGCUACGACUUCCGGGAAUGCCUCUUCUGCCUGGAGCCCAAUUCUAUGACUAUAGCAAACGACGUCAUCCGCGACAACAGUCCUUGAUGCAUUAUCAGGGCAUACAAAUGCUUUCGGAUCGCCGUGAACCUGAGUUGGUUGAACCCAAUGGCAUUUUGGUCGAUCCCAAAUGCCCGCCAGCUCCUUCGCAAAUGAACACAUUGUGGGCCCCAAAGGUUAUUACCAAACUUCCACCCUGGUUGGCAUAUGAUAAGCAGGUUUUAUGCUUCAGUGCCUAUUUCAAGGAGAACUUAACGGAAAUCUAUCAUGCCCCGUAUCAAGUGCGCAAGGUUAAGAUCUAUUUCUACUUGGAAGAUGGCACCAUGCAAGUGACCGAACCGAAAGUGGAGAAUUCUGGUAUUCCACAGGGUUGUCUAGUGCAUCGUCAACGUAUACCUAAAUCACCGCCAACUGAUCGUGAAUUUAUAUCGAUAUUUGACUUGAAUGUGGACUCUGAUGUCCAGAUUUUUGAUCGUAAUUAUCAUAUAAGCGGUUGUGACAUCUUCACUAGGCAAUUUCUAAAUCGUGCUGGCAUCGCAGUCCCCGAAACGCAACAGGAACCCAAUGAUCCCACGACAGAAAUCCGUAAACGUUCUGGACUGAAGCAAACGGGUAAUGCCAGCGCCAGUGCCCUACCGAAACGUCAUUCGUUUGCUCAAUUCUUGGAGUUCGAUAGGCACGUAUUGAAAUUUCAAGGUUAUUGGAAUGAUCGCAGUGAAUACGGAGAUGUACGUAAAUUGGAAAUAUGUUAUUAUCUGGCAGACGAUACUAUAGAUAUAAAGGAGAAAUUUCCCAAAAAUUCGGGACGUGAAGGACCCAGUACUUUUCUGCGACGUGGCAAGUUGCCAAAAGAAUUCACAGGACUCCAAUUGCCGGGUCAACAGACAUCGGUUACCUUGCUCAAUGUUUUGGGCAGCAAUAUGCGUGAUGUACGUUAUGUGGCCGAUCCAUUGAACACGGGCAAAAAGCAGAUCAACUAUUAUACCGAUCAGGAUCUGCAAAUUGGUGCCGUAUUGAAUGUUUUUCGACGUGCCGUAGUUAUCACCAGUUGUGAUCAGUUUACCCAAAACUAUUACAGAGCGAAAUAUGGCAUUCAGGAUUUCACACCUCAACCGCUGCCAGAGUUCAGUGAUGUGCGUCCAUCUACCCAAGGUGGUGUCCUUAAUCGUCGUUUGCCUCCUUAUAAUGGCUGGGGCAGCUAUGAAGAUUCCGAGGGCAAUUGUCUAACUGUGGAGCCAAAACCACCGCAUGCCGACUUUAAGAAACUAAUGCAAUUCGACGGUUGCAUUUUACGUUUUGGAGCUAAAUUGAUAUCCGCCAUAAGGGAAAAUUUGGAACGUAAUUUCAUCAUUAGUUACUUUCUGGCCGAUGACACUGUCCAGAUUUAUGAGGUGGCGCGUCGUAAUUCUGGUUUUCUUGGCGGUGAAUUUCUGAAGAAGGCAAGGGUUCCGCUGCCAGGACAAGAGAAAUAUAGCUCCAAGCGACCAGAGUAUCAUAAGGCUUAUGAUUUCUUUAUUGGCUCAACUUUAAGUAUGAAGGAUCACAUUUUUCACAUAGUUUCGGCUGAUGAAUUUACCCUAAUCUAUAUGGAACAACAUCCCAACGAGUUUCCCGUGGCCAAUAUUCGUUCAAUUAUGCAAAAAAUACGCGAUGCAGUACGUCCGGAUUAUAAGCAAUUUGUUUUGUCCUGCAAACCAGAAGGUGAUCUUGGUGAAUAUUCCACAAUUGGCUACGAGGCUUUGAAGAGUGCAUUGCUCUCGUAUCUGUCCAAGGAGUCGCUGCUCAAUCAUGAAAUAGUCACCGUGUGUCGCUAUUUCUCGGCUGAGCAGUCACCGCCUCCAAGUUGUGAUAGGAAUCGUGUACGAGCUGCUGCCCAUUUGGAAUUGAAGCGUGCCCUCAGCAACAAUGCCCAAGAGAUGAUAGCCUUAAAUUUUAGUCACAUAAAUCCCACGUGUAAGCCAUAUUUGUCGAAAGCACAGAUUAGAUCUACGUUGCGAGGUUGUCGUUUGCCAUUUAGCCUGGAAUUGGUUGAGGAUAUUUUGCAAGUGCUGCAAAGGAACAGUCAGGGUGAGAUUGAGGUGCGAGAUGUUUUGGAUUUCUUCAAUAUGAAUGCCAAUGAUGUCCCAGACAUAGCACCCCUCAAUAUUGCCUUUGAAUUGUGUCCCAAAUUGCCAUUCCUGCACAAAGGAAAUCUUGUGGAUUUCACUUGGUUCUUGGCCUACUUGGGUCUAGAGGAGGAGCUAAAAAAGUCGAAUAAUUAAAAAAUUAACACACAAACACAUUUCGCACAUUUUUUUCUAUCAAAAAUUGCAUGUAUAUACAAGAAAAAUUCGUGGCAAUAAAUUUUUUGUUUAUAAGGAA